UGUACUACAAACAUAUUGAUAUUUUUCGUAACACUAGGUAUAAUAUGAUCUGAAAUAAUAAAUGAAUCAUGACAAAACAAAAAUAUGUGGUAUGUUGACUGGAAACGUUGAUUGAACUAUAAAACUGGAUAGUUAUCUCAAAAUAAAAUGGAAUUUCCAAUAGUGAAAAUAAAAUCAGGGAAACUGAGAGGAUGCAAGAAAACAAAUUUGGAUGGGACAGAGUUUUAUUCGUUUCUUGGUAUUCCCUAUGCUAAACCACCUAUUGGGAAGCUCAGAUUCAAGGCACCUCAACCAGUUGAACCAUGGACGGUUGUUAAAGAUGCUACGAGAGAUGGUAACUCGUGUUAUCAAUGGAAUCUGAACAACAUCGAAGGCUCUGAAGACUGUUUGAAUCUCAACGUAUUCACGAAACAGGUCACCCAGGAGGAGACAGCUUUGAAUCCUGUAAUGGUAUGGAUCCACGGUGGAGGCUUCACAUCAGGUUCUAACAGCUCAGAAACCUUCGGACCAGAAUUCCUAUUAACGAAAGAUGUAGUCCUCGUAGUGAUCAACUACCGCCUUGGGUUUCUAGGAUUCCUGUGCCUGCAAGACACAUCCCUUGAAGUACCUGGGAAUGCGGGACUCAAGGACCAAGUUUCAGCUCUGAAAUGGGUCCAAGAUAACAUAAGAUGCUUCGGUGGGGACCCAGAUAAUGUGACCAUUUUCGGAAGCAGUGCUGGGGGUAUCUCGGUACACUAUCACCUGUUGUCUGAAGCGUCAAGGGGUCUAUUUCAUAAGGCUAUCAUGCAGAGCGGGACAGCGUUGAACCCUUGGGGACUACGAGAAAGGCAUGGCUUACGCUUCGGAAAAUUCAUUGAUUCGGGAGUAGGUGAUGAGAGAGAUGCUUUGAUUGUUUUGCAAGGGCUAUCUUCGGGGGAAUUGUUUGAGAAACAAGAAAAAUAUAUUCAAAAAACAAAUGCUGACAUAGGUCCGAUCAUAGAGAAACCAAACGAGGCAGCAUUCAUCACUGAGUUGCCGAGGACAUUAAUAAAAUCUGGAAAAUACAACAAAGUUCCAAUAAUGUUGGGAUAUUGUUCGAACGAAGGAUUACUUUUUGAAAUCAAAUCUCGUUCCGAAGGGAAGUCCUAUACUGACGAAAAACUUGAUUUGAAUGAUUUCAUCCCACCCGAUUUGAACUUCAAACAGAAUGAUUCAAGAAUACAAAUAAUCCGUAAGAAGUUGAGCAAUUUUUAUUUCGAGGGAAAUCAUGCAAAAAAUAAGUAUAUGUUGUAUUCGGACUACUAUCUGAAUAUUGGAAUAUUCAGUACUGCCAAAAGCCACGUUAAAACAUCACAGCACCCAGUUUAUCUAUACAGAAUGUCAUUUGAUGGUGGUUUGAACUACCUUAAGAAACUUCACAAUAUUGAUAAUUUUCCAGGAUAUGCAUGCCAUUCUGAUGAUGUUGGAUAUCUGUUCAAAAUGAAAGGUAUUCCUAACAUGUAUAUGGGUGAAGAUAAGAAGAAAACUGUGAGAAGAUUCGUACAACUGUGGAUGAAUUUCGCUAAAUAUGGAGACCCGACUCCGAGUGCAAAUAGCUUGAAAAUCGAUUGGAUGCCGAUCGACGGUCAAACAAUCAAUUACUUGGAUAUAGGAAGAGAAAUAAGGACGAGUGUCAAUCCAGAAGCAGAUAGAUUGGACUUAUGGAGAGAAAUUUAUUGUAUGAAUGAAUUCACCUGUGAUUACUUAUAAGAACAUAUUAAAAUCUGAGAGCUUCCUCAAAU